AUCUCAUUGCCAUCCGUUCUUAUCAAAAUGCUGGCUAGCGGCCGAGUUGUCGGUUAUGUUAAAGUUCCUGUACAAGAGGUAUUCUUCUCGGAAAAUGAAGCGCUUUGCGGGAAUUGGUGUGGACGAAUGCGGGCUUUACCGAUGAAAUGGCCGACACUUGCCGAUCGAAAUAAUCGCUCAGAAGAUGUGAGUCGUGUUGGUGAACAUGAGAACAAGUUACAUUGA